UGUACAGUUUUUAUUUUUCGCACUCUUAAUUUUUAACAUUCACACAAUGCUGAGCACUUUUGCCCGCGUCGCAGUGCAGGCUCCUCGCCUCGCCCGCGCCUACAACAGCACGCGCAAGAACCUCCUCAUCAACAAGGACACCAAGGUCAUCUGCCAAGGCUUCACCGGCAAGCAGGGCACCUUCCACAGUGAGCAGGCACUCCUCUACGGCACCAAGAUGGUCGGCGGUGUCUCGCCCGCCAAGGCUGGCCAACAGCACCUCGGCCUGCCCGUCUUCAAGGACGUCAAAGACGCCGUCAAGGCCACUGGCGCGCAUGCCACCGUCAUCUACGUGCCCCCGCCGUUCGCUGCUGGCGCCAUUUUCGAGGCCAUCGAGGCCGAGAUCCCCCUCGCCGUCUGCAUCACCGAGGGCAUUCCCCAGCAGGACAUGGUCAAGGUCAAGAACGCCCUUCUCAGCCAAAACAAGACCCGCCUGGUCGGCCCCAACUGCCCCGGCAUCAUCAAGCCCGACGAAUGCAAGAUCGGCAUCAUGCCCGGCCAUAUUCACAAGCGCGGUAACAUUGGUAUUGUCUCCCGCUCCGGCACCCUCACCUACGAGGCUGUUGCCCAGACCACCGCUGUCGGUCUUGGCCAGUCGCUCUGCGUCGGCAUUGGCGGUGACCCCUUCAACGGCACCAACUUUGUUGACUGCCUCGACAUUUUCUUGAACGACCCCGAGACCAAGGGAAUCAUUCUUAUCGGUGAGAUUGGUGGCUCUGCUGAGGAGGAGGCUGCUGAAUACUUGAAAAACCACAAGAUCAAGAAGCCCGUCGUUUCCUUCAUUGCUGGCCGCACUGCUCCCCCCGGACGUCGCAUGGGCCACGCUGGCGCCAUCAUUUCUGGCGGCAAGGGCGGUGCUGACGCCAAGAUUGCUGCUCUUCACUCGGCCGGUGUUACCGUUGUCGACUCGCCCGCUCAGAUGGGCGCCGCGAUGGCCAAGGUCAUGAAGGCUGCAGGGUUUUAAACAGCGAACAGCAACAUAAGAGACGUUUGCGCUCCCACACAGCGUUGGCAGCGUGUUUUUGUCUUGUUCGUGUGUACGCCUUGUUCAUCCAAACCAUAAAAGUUUAUCCUCCUCG